CCAAGAUUCGUCCGGCGUCAGUUCGGUUUUCCGCGCGCGCGGUGGGACUUGAACCUCUUUGUUCGGAGGCAGCACCGUUUGUAGCUGUGAGAUCACGUAUACGAAGAACGCUUUUGCAUUUUGUUACCUUGAAUUCAACUUACAAAAAUAGAGGAAAAUUCGCAAAUAGAGGAAGAUUGUGAGUGCGGAAUACCUUCACGAGACUGUCAGACUGAAGAAGAUUAAACCCCCGUGAGAGUGUGUCUGUGGUAAGUGCUUUAAACAGAGUUUUCCUUUAAAAUAACACAAACCAAAGUCCUUGGAAAUUCCGGAAAACGGAACGACGUCGUCGGUGUUUUUCACGGUUUCGAGAGUGAAAUAGUGGUGCACAGACAGAGUCGAGCGGGAAGAAAAACACCUUUUUGUCUGUCUGUGUGUGGGAGUGCGUACGUGUUAGUGAGUUUCAAGGGAUAAAAAAGAAGGAAACCCAGAACCGCUUUCCACCAUUCAUCGUAGCCGUGUGAUAUGAGAGGACCGCCCCGGCGACGACGGAACAGCUGAUGAGCCCCACGGAACACGUGACGACGGCGGCGGCGACGACGGUGCUGAUGCUGCUGGCACUGCUAGUCGCCACACCGCCGUCCAGGAGGGGCGUCGAGGCAUCGGCAAACGGUGGCCCGGGACCGGCGUCACCAGCUGGAGUGCCGGCCGUGAAUGUGGUCGUCGAAGAGCCCGAGUUUACGGACGUAAUCGAGAACGUUACAGUGCCUGCCGGACGGAAUGUCAAACUGGCGUGCUCCGUCAAGAACCUAGGAUCGUACAAGGUGGCGUGGAUGCACUUUGAGCAGUCCGCGAUCCUCACCGUGCACAACCACGUGAUCACGCGGAAUCCGCGGAUCAGCGUGACGCACGACAAGCAUGACAAACACAAGACCUGGUUCCUGCACAUAUCAAACGUCCAGGAGGAGGACAAGGGCCGGUAUAUGUGCCAGAUCAACACCGUUACGGCCAAGACCCAGUUCGGGUAUCUGCACGUGGUUGUGCCACCCAACAUUGACGACUCGCUCAGCUCGAGUGACGUCAUCGUGCGCGAGGGCUCGAACGUGACGCUCAAGUGCCGGGCCACCGGGAGUCCCCUGCCGGCCGUCAAGUGGAAGCGGGACGACAAUUCUAAAAUAGCUAUUAAUAAGUCGUUGAGUGUGCCCGACUGGGACGGCGAAUCGGUGGAGAUCUCCAAGAUCUCCCGGCUGGACAUGGGCGCGUACCUGUGCAUCGCCUCCAACGGCGUCCCACCGACGGUGUCGAAGCGCAUUAAGGUCAGCGUGGACUUUCCACCCAUGCUGUGGAUUCCCCAUCAACUGGUCGGAGUGCCGCUGAACUUCAACGUCACGCUGGAGUGCUUCACCGAGGCGCAUCCGACCUCGCUCAACUACUGGACGCGCGAGGAUGGCCACAUGAUCCACGACUCCCGGAAGUACAGGACAGAGUCCACGGUCGGCAUGCCGAUCUACAAGACGCACAUGCGGCUGCACAUCUACUACAUCCAGCAGACCGACUACGGCACCUACAAGUGCGUGGCCAAGAACCCUCGGGGCGAAACGGACGGCACGAUCCGGCUGUACAUAUCCAACCCACCCACAACCUCACCGGGUCCCCCCACGACGGAAGCGCAGGACUUUUGGGUCAACAGUGCCGGCCGAAACAACGAUUCCCUGCCCGGGCUGCACCAUCACGGUGGCAAUGGGCCCGGGGGAGGCUCCGGCCAAAACGGCCAGCAUCAUCCCAAUUCGUAUUCCGUGCACGUGGUUGAUAAAAAUUCCAACCUGAACGAGAUUGACCGGUCCGAGCAGAACUCGAAGGUUAUCUACUGGGCGACCAACAGCAAUGGAAGCAGUAGGGCUGCUCACAACCUUCUGUCCAGUGUCGCGGCCAGCACGGUCCUGCUGUUGGCAUCACUGGUGAAGUACACCGCCCACUAAUGGGACAAUCUCGUCACGGACCAGACCAGACGACUGCUCCACUAGAUUUGCUAGAAUCCUUUCCCGACAAAUCCAAACACUGGCUACCAGAUGGAGCUCCAGCUAAUAGCUAUACACGAGAGGGGGAUGAACUACACAAUACAGCAGGACAAUGGUAUUUAGAAGGGGGAGGACGAGAGAGAACGAGUAACGAAGUUAGAGAAGGGACAACUAUGAUACUAUAAAUAUUUAUUGAAACAUGUAUAACUGAAAGCAGGGUUUAUCAAACAUAUAUACUGAAGUAUUAAGAAUAUAACAAUAUAUAUAUUAGUAAGCGUUGGUAGCAUCAACUAAUAUAUCAACUAGCAAAUUUGAAUUAAACAAACAGCAGCAGCAGCAGCGAAAUACAGGACGAACUAGCAAUUAAUUUCCACACACAAAACCAGGAAAAAUGAGUGGGGAAAAACAAUUUGCUUGCGGAACCGGAAACUGUUGAUAGGAUAUUUUAAGCUGAGUUUGAUGCUCCAUCGUUCAGGCACGCCAACAAUAACAAUCUGCGUAGAUCCUUUCCCGGUAAUGCAAUAUUUUCAUAAAUCUCACAUUUUUAAUUGUUUCUCCUCACCGCACUCCAUCCGUCCCGUCCUCUGUAUGCAAAUUUUCUCAAAUUGGAUUUAAAUUUUGUUGACUUGGCCAACUUCCACCGGCACUCACACACACACACUCACAAGUUUUUCGCCAGUUUGGUUCAAUUUCACGGGAAGCGAUUACAAGGGGAUUCUGCUGAGCUGGACCAGGUUCCCGGAGAAAAGCUACUCAUCAUUAUUCCCCGUUUUCUCCGGGCAGGUCCUGGCAACUGAGUUCGAGUUGUGGGAAAAUUGCGAAAUUUAGUUCCGGAAAAGAGCUUAUUGGAUUUCAAACGUGGUCGGUUGGCCUGAUCGAUGGGCGGGAAAUUGUCCGGAAAGGGAUGGGAAAAGAAACGGUACGUUUGCUGUAGAGUUUAGAGGAAAUUAAAAGGUUGAUUGUUGUUGCAGGUAAGGUAUUUUUUUGGUUUUGUUUUUUCGGAUGCAUAUAGGGCAGAAUGUAAAAUAGUUGAAAACUGUAAUCUUAUCCGAACAUGGUCCAGUAUAAUCGAAGAAGGUCGCAAGAGCUUAAGUGUUGAUUUUAGACAUUUUAUCAAACCGUGAUGGUGGGGGAUGUUCAAGGUGGAAGAUGACGUUCUUUCACACUUUGUGAAAAAAAUUUUUUUGUGGUUUUGUGCUCAACUAAUUAUCAUUUUUCAGCAUAGAUCGUGGAAAAAACAAAAAGAUACCAGUGAUUUAUUUUUCAAAUAUAAAAUAAAACUUUUUUAUUAUAUAAUAUAUCAUAAAAAAAUAACAAUCAAUCAUGUUAAGUUCUAAACGGACUUUUCGAACAAAAACAAAUCAUUUUUAAUCCGUUUUAUUACACUUCAUUUUGACAUUUUACCUAGCUGAGCAAUUCUCUUGCAUGGGGACCAUCCAUAAACCACGUGGACACUUAUUUGGAAAUCUCGAUUUAAAUAAAUUAAUAAUUUUAAAAAUCGAAAAUUUAAAAUUUACACAAUUACUUCCGAUUAAGAAUUGAAUUUUACAUUUAAAAAUGAUUUUGGGAUUUUUUCGUGUUCAUUUUCGAUACCUUAAAAAAUAUUGUUUUUUUUUUUUCAAAAAUUAAGACAAGACCAGACAUAAAAUGUCCGUCAAACCCUAUAGCUCAAACGUUGGCACUUUUUGUCUACUAAACAAAAACAAAAGGAAAACGAAUAGGGUAGAGUUUGUCAAAAACGAUUUUUUGGUGAUAAAAAGUUAUUAAAAACAAAAAUGGGAAAUUUGUUUUAGCGUAACUAUUUUGUCUGAAAAGUCCUAAACCUAAAACUUUUCCCUAAUAUUCCAACUCAAUCAGAAAACCCCUUCUCGAGGAAAAACCCUCAAAUUUGUAUUGAAAUUUUUGUGAAAAAAAAAACAAAUAAUGCUAAAUUACUUUUUUCGACAUAAGGAACCGAUGAUGGACAAAGCGUCAUGCAAAUAAAAAAUACAAAAAUGAAUAUAAGCAUUAAUUUUUGUAAAAUUUUAGAGAACUGUUCAUCUAUGAGAACAGUUCAGGGUUCAAAACUACAAUUAUAUCAAAGUUUUCUGUUUUUAUCAAAAAGUCAAAUAUUUUAAAUUAGAUUUUUUUUUUCGGAAAGCAAAGUUUUUAUUGGUUUCCAAUUUAUGAUCGAUAUUUUGUAAUUUUUUUUGUCGCUCAAUGCGUUGAUUUUGAAAUGAAUUGAAACUUUCAAAUUUUCAAGUUAAAUUCUUUUUUAUGAUAAAAAUAAUAACAAUGAUAAAAAACACAUAUUUUAUUUGUUAAGGAGUUACAAAUAAAUUAACUUUCAACAAUUUUCAGGAUUCAUAAUUUUCUCAUCUGAUGUCUAAUUCGAUGACAUAUUUCUCUUCGAAAUACAACCUAAAAACCUCCCGAUUUAAAAGAUAAAUUUAUGUCUUUCCAGAC